UUUAAUUUCUUCAAUGUUUUUCUUUCAUGAAUUAGUGUAGAUAUGUUCUUCGAUAAUAACAUGAUUCUUCCAACUUUCUUGGAAGACAUGAACGCCCACGAACAUAGGUAAUGAAUAUAGAAAAAAUUAACCCUUUGAAGGAAAAAAUUAAAACGAUUAGACAAAUUGGGCCACAUAACGAAUGGCGACUUCUUCGACGAACCCAAGAAAGGCAUCCGAAAGUGGCUCCAGCACGAGCCGCCCUCCCCAAGGAGUGAAAUUCGCACGACGGACGUCGAGCGGCCGAGUGGUGAGCCUCUCCCGUGAUGAGGACAUAGAGCUUUCCGCAGACUACUCGACAUCGGCACAAAACGACUACAUGAAUUACACAGUGAUGAUGCCGCCAACACCGGAUAACCAACCGGGCGGUCGCAAUGUGAACGUCGGCAAUGGGGAGAAAACGGGUGAUCCUGGUUCAAGAUACCACAACGAGCCAUCGCCGCAACGUGGGGGAGAGGAUGAGGGCGGAGGAAGGGGUGAUGACAUCAAUGGGAAAAUGGAGCGAAGGAUGUCGGUGAUGAUGAGCCGAAAUAAUAACAAAUCAAUGUUGUUGAGAAGUCAAACAGGAGACUUUGAUCAUAAUCGUUGGCUAUUUGAAACCAAAGGUAAGUAUGGAAUUGGAAAUGCGUAUUGGCAGGACGAGGAUUCAUAUGAUCAAGAUACCGGAAUGUCCAUAUCUGACUUCAUGGACAAACCAUGGAAACCGAUUACUCGGAAAGUACAGAUUUCCGGCGGAAUCAUUAGCCCCUACAGAUUGCUGAUCGUGAUCCGGCUAGUAGGUCUAUUCAUGUUCCUGGUAUGGCGAUUUCAGAACCCAAACCAAGAUGCCAUGUGGUUAUGGGGAAUAUCCAUUGUGUGCGAAGUAUGGUUUGCCUUUUCAUGGCUUCUUGACAUAUUGCCCAAAAUCAAUCCCAUAGACCGAGCCGCCGACUUGGCAGCUUUGAAGGACAAGUUCGAGACCCCGUCUCCGUCUAACCCGGAAGGCCGCUCCGAUCUCCCCGGAGUCGAUGUCUUCAUUUCCACCGCCGACCCUGACAAAGAGCCGCCCCUUGUCACCGCCAACACCAUCCUUUCUAUCAUGGCCUGCGAGUAUCCCGUUGAAAAGCUCUCCAUUUACAUCUCUGAUGAUGGCGGCGCCAUCCUUACGUUUGAGGCCAUGGCUGAGGCUGUCGAAUUUGCUCGGAUUUGGGUGCCAUUCUGUCGAAAACACGAAAUUGAACCUAGGAAUCCAGACAGUUAUUUCAAUCAGAAAAGGGAUCCUACUAAGGACAAGAAGCGUCUAGAUUUUGUGAAGGAUCGGCGUUGGAUCAAGAGGGAGUAUGAUGAAUUCAAAGUCAGAAUCAAUGGUUUGCCAGAAGUUAUAAAGAAAAGGUGUGACACGCACAACAAGAAGGAAGAGAUGAAGGAGAAGAUGGCAGUGAAGGAGAAAAACGGUGGCGUGAUUCCUCCAGGUGAGACCAUCAACUUCACUAAUGCCACGUGGAUGGCUGAUGCCACACACUGGCCGGGUACAUGGUUUGAACCAACAAUUGAUCACAAAAAGGGAGAUCAUGCCGGGAUUUUGCAGAUAAUGAGCAAGGUGCCGGAGCAUGACCCUGUAAUGGGACACGCAGACGAAAAGAGUCUAGACUUUACCGACAUCGACACCCGACUUCCCAUGUUUGCAUAUGUUUCACGAGAGAAACGCCCAGGCUACGACCACAAUAAGAAGGCAGGGGCCAUGAAUGCCUUGGUUAGAGCAUCUGCGAUUCUUUCCAAUGGACCCUUUAUCCUCAACUUGGAUUGUGACCAUUACGUUUACAAUUCCCUUGCUAUUCGUGAAGGCAUGUGUUACAUGAUGGAUCGUGGCGGUGACCGCAUUUGUUACAUCCAAUUCCCACAAAGAUUUGAAGGAAUUGAUCCCUCUGAUAGAUAUGCCAAUCACAACACCGUCUUCUUUGAUGGAAACAUGAGAGCGUUGGAUGGUCUCCAAGGUCCAGUGUACGUGGGAACUGGUUGCAUGUUCAGACGCUAUGCGCUCUAUGGGUUCAACCCGCCACGACCGAGAGAGUAUUGGGGGAUGUUCGGACAGUACAAGAUGAGGGCUCACAACCACCACCAUGGAGGAGAUGAUGAGGAUACACAACCCCUAACAGAUGACCACCAUCCGGACUUGACCUUGCCGAAGAGGUUUGGGAAUUCCGCCAUGUUCACUGAGUCAAUCGCUGUAGCGGAGUUUCAAGGAAGACCACUUGCCGAUCACAUCUCUGUGAAGAACGGGCGCUCCCCAGGGGCCUUGCUUGCUCCCCGGCCUCCCCUCGACGCCCCCACCGUAGCAGAGGCCAUUGCAGUCGUCUCUUGUUGGUACGAGGAUAAGACCGAAUGGGGAGAGCGGAUUGGUUGGAUUUACGGGUCAGUGACGGAGGACGUGGUGACCGGUUACCGCAUGCACAACCGUGGAUGGCGGUCUGUGUACUGCAUCACAAAGCGUGAUGCUUUUCGAGGGACGGCUCCAAUCAAUCUCACCGACCGUCUGCAUCAAGUCCUCCGGUGGGCGACCGGGUCAGUCGAGAUCUUCUUCUCUCGAAACAACCCAGCUUUGGCGACCCGACGACUCAAGUUUCUCCAACGGAUUGCCUACUUCAACGUCGCCGUAUACCCCUUCACAUCCAUCUUCCUAGUCGUCUACUGCUUCAUUCCAGCAUUGUGCAACUUUAGCGGCAUGUUCAUUGUGCAAUCCUUGAACACUGAGUUCCUCCUGUAUCUCCUCACCAUCACCAUCACACUCAUGCUUAUAUCCCUUCUAGAAGUGAAGUGGGCCAGAAUAGGGCUAGAGGAGCUCUGGAGAAAUGAACAGUUUUGGCUAAUAGGUGGGACAAGUGCUCACUUGGUGGCCGUGAUGCAAGGGCUGUUGAAGGUCAUUGCUGGCAUAGAGAUCUCAUUCACACUCACCUCUAAGUCCGCAGCAGAGGAUGAAGAUGACAUAUAUGCAGAGUUGUACCUCGUUAAGUGGACUAGCCUCUUCAUCAUGCCGUUGACAAUCUUGGUGGUGAACAUUGUAGCUCUUGUAAUUGGGUGCUCCAGGCAAAUAUACAGUGUGAUUCCUCAAUGGAAUAAGCUGUUUGGUGGGGCGUUCUUCAGCUUCUGGGUGCUCGCACAUCUAUAUCCAUUUGCCAAGGGGCUGAUGGGAAGAAAGGGAAAAGUCCCCACUAUUGUUUAUGUCUGGACAGGUCUGCUUUCCAUCACACUCUCCCUUCUGUGGAUUUUGAUCAAUCCUCCUCGAAGCCCUCAAGCAAGCGAAGGAGAGUAGAUUGUGUCAUCUUUUUUUAUGAAGUAUGUAUUUUAUGUACAAUUAGUAGGUAAUUUA